AUGUCCUUUGCCCUUGACCUGAGUUCUGCUGUGCUGCGAGCCCGCGCUGACGGAAAAUUCUGUGACGUCAACAUUGUCGUAAAAGGUCAAGACCAUCGCUGUCAUCGCCUCGUACUGUGCUCAGCGUCUUCUUUCUUCAAAACCGCACUUGGUGACACCGAGAACUCCACCGGCAAGAUGAUGAUCCGGGGCAUUGACCUGAGCAUCUUCACCAUCCUUCUCGACUACAUCUACGGCGAAGACAUAGUGCUGACCCGAGACAACGCAGCGGACAUCCUGUUUGCGUCUUUGAAGCUCGGCAUGGAAAGACUACAGCGCGAGUGCGAACGUUACCUGGGCGACCACAUGACGUCAGACACAAGCAUUGAAGUAUGGAGAACGGCGAGGAUGAAACAGCUGACAGAUCUUCAGACCAUUGCCUUCGAGUGGAUUGUGGCUCACUUUGAUAACGUUGUUAGUACCGAAUCCUUCAUAGCACUGAAGGCGGAUGAACUGAGCGUUAUUUUGAGAGAGGAUAAGCUUAAAGUCCCGAGCGAGGAAUUUGUCUUCGAGGCUGUGAUGAAAUGGAUGAGGCACCAUCCAUCUUCAAGAAAAAGCAAUCUGUCCACAGUGUUAGCUAGUGUCCGCCUCCCCUUCAUCAAUCCCCACUAUCUCCUUCACUACUUCACCUCCAACGACGUCCUCAUCCGCAACAAGUCAUGUCACCGGUUAGUUGAAAACGCCAAGGCCUAUCAGCUACUUCCGGGAAGGAGGGCCGAGUUUUCUUCCUCGACCACUGUCCCCAGGGCAUCAGCUGGCGUGGAAGACAUCAUAAUUGUCAUUGGCGGCUACAUCGAACAGCAUCGGCAACAUGAUGGUUCAUCGGCAACAUCAGCGACAGUGUCAUCGUUGACCACACCGCAGACGCCCGUCACCCAGCACCGGAGAGUUCAACAUCAAGGUAACAUACAGACUACCCCUAAACACACCAGAGAGUUCAUCCGCGCCAACGUCGUGCUUCAUCAAUCCUACACCACCUCACGAACAGUCCAUGGCUACAGCUUCUUGUCCAACCAUUGGUACAAGCUCGCCUCGCUGCCCCAAGACCCAGGCUUCGACUUUGCUACAAGUGCCCAUGGCUCGUCCAUCUUCGUCAGCGGUGGGACUUUGACCAGCAAACGGCUCCAGAGAUUUGACAAGAACAGAUGGAUAAGUGAGAACAGCCUUCCCGAGCAGAGAUGCUCCCACUCUUCAGCUGUGGUUGGUGAUCACCUAUACUUGGUCGGCGGUCUGUGGUUCGACGGGAGGGGCGUGUUCGGCGGAAUGGUCUCCUCCAUCAGCAAGUUCUCCGUGUCCAGUGAUGCUUGGGAAUCCUGUUCCGGAACACUCCAAGUCCCCGUACAGAAACCAGCAGUUGCCGUCAUCCACGACAAGAUCUACCUGUUCGGCGGCGUUGACCAAUACGGGAAUCACGUCAAGACGACCCAGUACUACGACACCUCCAAAGAUGGAUCGUGCGUCCUACAUUCCAUCCCCAGUCCCGCCACUGAGAUUCGCGCCCUCGCUGUGGAUGACGUAGUGUACCUUGUCUCAAGAUACGGUCUCCAGCAGUUCACAGAAGACAAACUCAUCUGUAAGGCAAGUCUGUCCGAGCUCGACGGAUGUGUGGACUUUGAGGUGUGUCAGCACAGGGGACAAGUAUAUGUCAUGGGAGGCUUCCAUGAAAGUACUCUUCGUGGUUCGCGCGUCAUCAUCAGUAAGAACUUCGACGUGAAGACCCAGGCCCAUUUCCUAGGCUUUCACCGAGCAGGUUUCGGAUGUGUGAAGGUGACCCUCGGGAAGAAGUACUUGAAAGGACACCGACAGUGAAGAUACAUCCUGAGUACUAUCGGUUAGCAUGUGGAGUAUUUUCGGAAAAUCUGAAAUGAUUUACACACCAGUGACUCAAGACAUUCCAGUGAAACUGC